AUGGAAGACUUAAAGCAACCUCUUCUUCCUCCACAUCCUUCACAGCAAGCUCCAAAGCAUUCCUUCUUCACUUCAUAUUUUCUAAGCGACGGUUCUAAGCGAACCAAGAAAUCCAAAAUGAAAAAAGCUUUAUCUCCCCAGCAAACUCUUCUCAUUUCCAAAAUUACAGAUGCUGAAACCUACAUUCUAAAAAACGCUGAAACAACAGUAUCAACUCCUUUUGCUAUUAUACUCAUUAGGAUAGUUUGCAUGACAAUUAAAAAAAAAUGAUAUAAAUGGAAAAAUUAACACUUAAUUAAAAUUCAUAAUAAAUCGGAAUAAUUGUCUAGCACUUUCUUAUGAUGGUUUUACAUUAUUUUAUGGUAGCUCAAAUGGCAAUGUCUCUCGAUAUCACAAACUUGAAGGAAAAAUUACUGAUGAUGUGCCUUUGGGCUAUGGACAGCUGUAUGGGAUUUGUUUAGACGAAAACAAUAACAGAGCUGCUGUAUGUGGAGAAAGCCCAAUUAUUCGAGUUUUUCAGCUUCCAAGAUUCGAGCUGGAGUUUGAAUUUCAAGGACACACUGAACAGGUAAACUAUAUCACCCUAAGUGCAAGCCAUGAUCUAUUGUACUCCGCAAGUAAUGACAAAACUGUCAGGAGAUGGAAUAUGAACAAAAAAACUGCUGAAAGAGUUAUAAUAAAUCAUGGUGGAGCGGUCAAAUGUGUCGCUGUCACUCUUGAUGAUCGGUUUGUAUUUUCUGGAGGCGAUGACUGCUUAAUAAGAGUUUUUUGAUGGUUUUAAUAAAAAAUUAAAUAAAAAAAAAAGAGAUAUUUUUUAAAAAAAUAAAAAGAUGUUUUUGAUAACGAAUUUCAAGAAGAGGUCUUAAAUUUGAAGUCUCAUACUGGCUGUGUAUGAAGCUUAGCAACAAACCCCAAGUCUACAUGUCUAGCAUCAGGUGGAGAAGACCACAAAGUUAUCGUCUGGAAUAUCAAAGAUUUUACCCCUCUCGUCAUCUAUACAGACCACACUGAGCGCAUAAAAUCACUUGCUUUUAGUGCUGAUAGCUGCUUUUUAGUCUCAGGAAGUGCUGAUUUUACUAUAAAAGUCUGGGAUCUUGACAAAGAGCGCCGAGAAGUCACAUUGAAUGCACAUAUAGGCCAAAUCUGUGAUCUUUUAAUAUCUCCUGAACAGGAUUUCAUUAUUUCUUGCUCAGACGAUAAAUCGGUCAAAGUAUGGAGUUUCCCUCAAUUUUUAGAAGAAGAAGUUUUCAAAGCCCUCGGAAAUAAUUUUACUUCAGUUGCUUUGACUGAUAAGACGAAAUGCGUAGUUUCCUGUGGAAGUGAUAAAGCUGUAAGGUUUUGGGACCCAGAAACUGACGAAGCAAGUUUAAUACUGACAAGUCAUGGAUGUGGGCUUAAAACUUGCUGUUCGCCUGAUGAAAAAUAUAUGGCUGUAGGAGAUGAGCUUGGCUGGCUAUAUGUGAUUGAUUUAAAAACCAAAAUGCUAACUCCCCCCCCCCCCUCCGUGAGCGAACAAAACCAUUAGAAAAAUCGCCAUUUUUUGACCAAAAACCCACCCUCCGUGAGUGAACAAAAAUUUUUUUAAUAGAAAAAAUUUUAAUGGAAAAAAAUUUUGAUAUAUAAGUGAUAAUUAGUAUAAUGAAAUCUAGAGCUAAUUCUGUUUAAUUUUAAACAAAUUGCGUUUUAAAACAUAAAUUUUGCAAAUUAAAUUAAUAUUUGCUUCCCAAUUUUUGCAAAUUAGGAUUUUUUUAAAUUUCGAAAAAAAUAUUUUUUAUAAAAUUUAUAUAUAAAUUUUUUUUUAAAAAAAAAAAAUUAACCCCCCUCCGUGAGCGAACAAAAUUUUUUUGUUCGCUCACGGAGGGGGGGGGGGGGAGUAAGAGACCAAGCAAUACAAGCACAUAGAGGGCCUAUAAGAGAUAUGUGCUUUACCUCAGACUCAACUUAUUUAAUCACUGGAGGUGGAGAUUCAGUCAUUUUAGUCUGGCAUAUUGGAACGAUGGAAAACACUCCUCUUAAAGGCCACCAACAAAGUAUAUGGUCAGUCUGUGUAAGUCAUGAUGGAGAAACAGUCAUAUCAGGAAGCAGCGAUAAAACCUUAAGAGUAUGGAACGUGAAAACUGGCUCUCAGCGGUACUGCAUUCAAGCUCAAGAACAAAUAACAACGAUAGCUAUUGAUAUGAACGAUCGAUACAUCAUUUCAGGCAGUUCAAUGGGAGUUGUGAAAAUUUGGAAUAUUUUCGAAAAAAAUCAAGAAACCAUUUUCAAGCAGCACAAAGAUUAUGUCACUUCUGUAUAUGUGCUAAAAGACAACGAAACGCUACUAACGUCUUCAAAAGAUAAAACAAUCCAAAUUUUUUCGCUUAAAUAUAGAAUUCCUCUUACUUUUCUUACUCGAAAGCAGCCAAUAUUGUCGAUGGCUGUUUCUUCUGAUGAAAAACUUAUAGUUACAGGGGAGCUUGAAAUGAUCUAUUUACAAGAAAACCCUCUGAGUUCUCCAAACCCAAGAGUUCUUGGUCCUGAAGAAAAUAAGCAAAAAUUCUUGACUUAUAUGAAGUCGCUUAUAAAGGGUAAGGUUAAAUAAAGCACACUGUACUUUUUCAACCCCCUCCAAAAGCCUAUAAAAAUGAAUGUAAUCUUCAAUAAUGGGUUUUUUGGUAUUUAAAAGCACAAACGGUGCUUUCUAAAUUUUUCAAGAAGGGGGGUGAAAAAGUAAACGGUGUUUUAAAACAGCAAAAGCAGACGUAUAAAAACCUAUAAUAAUUGCCCGAGGAUGGCGCAAGAUAGCGCCAUCCUCGGGCAAUUUCUAUAUAAUCUAUAAAAACUAAGAAAUUUAAGCAGAGAAAGCUCAAGAUAGGAUUGUAUAAUAGACAGGAUAUAUUGCUUAUUAACAAAUAACAAACAAUAUUGCCUAAAUAAAUGUAAGAAUGGCAUGAUAUACAAAUAUAAUUUUUGUCUUUCAAAAUAAGAGGAAAAAAGUACGAUGUAAAAUAUAAAAUAAUGAAAGUGAUGCAGAAUAGUUGAGCAUAAAGGCUGAUAAUUAUCACAGACAAUUCUAUUAGAUGGUGUGCAGGAAAAAAGUACAAAGGGGAAAAAAAAAUCAGAGAAAAAAUACCAUCGAUUUUUAUAUGAAAAUAUUAAUAUUUAUAACCCUUUUAUGGCCAAAUUAUGCCAUCUCUAUUAGUUAUCUCUAUUAAAAAAUUAAUUCUUAUGUAAACUUUGCUCGCAUUUGUAAACCAUUUUUUAGCAUGUCACUUUUUAUCUUACUGGUAUAGAGAUCCAGCUCUUCCCUUAGAUAGAGUCUGACUUGGUCUUUCAAUUGUCCAUUGCAUUUUGUUCAAUAAAGAUUUCGAUAUAGGGGUAUGGGCUAUAUUUAAUGUCUAUUAUGCAAUCCUGUCUUGAGCUUUCUCUUCUUAAGUUUGCUAGUUUUGAUAAAUUAUAGAUUUUUAUAUGUACUUUUUUUCCUCGGUUUUUGCUGCUUUAAAACACCUUAACUUUUUUCACCUCCUUGUUGAAAAAUCCAAAAAUGUACCCUCUGUACUUUUUUAUCUAAAAACCAUUUUUGAAAAUUCCAGUCAUUUUUAUAGGCUUUGAGAGGGGGUUGAUGCUUUAUUUAACCUUAUCCCUUAUAAAUGACAUCCACCCUCAGCAUGACCCUGAUAUGGACAGCUUUAUCAUUCUCCCAGAAUUUCUUAACACCCUGCAUUUUUACGCAUUUUUGAACUACAAAGAAUACCUGAGCGCAUCACUUUCUCAGAAAUCAGCGCCAAUUAUUCCUUCUAAGGACGGAUUUCAUCCUUUAUCUAUCUGCUUAUUAAGAGAAAUGAAAGGUGUAAGAGAUGAAGUCGUGUCUGCUCUCUGUAAAAUCGGAAAACUGAACCCUUUUAUAUUGCAGAUGCUUGAAAACGACCUCGUUGAUAUGAAUAAAAAAGGGUUCUCUCUAUUAGGAGACUUAUACGACGUCAUAUACCAAGAAGCCAAUAGAAGAUCCCUGCCUAAGUUUUGCGAUAAAGAUGCAGAUCUACCAAUUGUCCAUAUUUCUGAACAUUGCAGAGUCAGACCCGAAGAUUUUUUAGAUGAGUCUAUGCUAAGUUCUCAAGGGAUGGGCAUUACUUUUUAUGAAAGCUAUGUAAGAAUCAACUUUGUAAUGGGCAGCAAAGAAAGCAUUGAUUUCCUUGAAUCUUUAGCGGACUGCCCUAACUUAGAUGUCUUGCGUAGCGAUUUGGUACAAGAAAUUAUUAAUUAUAAAUGGGAAACUGCAAGAUACACUAUGAUGUACCAAGGAGGCAUGUUUUUUACUUAUAUGAUAACCCUUUGCGUUUAUACAGCUUUUUAUAUUGGUAACUUUUACUUUCAAAUAGUCCUGUCUGUGGUGAAUAUGUUUCUGCUGUUUUACGAGUGUUUCCAGAUGAUGAUUUCUGGGGCGUCUUAUUUCGAAGAUAUAUGAAAUUAUGUGGAUUGGGGCCGUGGGAUGUUUAUGUUUAUUUAUUUAACAAGUGAAUGGUUUCAUUUGCUGCCAGAUUUGAUGGCGUCUAUAUUUGCCUUGGCGACCUUUUUGAGUUGGCUAAGAGGGAUUACAUACUUUAGGCUACUGACGACAACUAGGUAUCUGAUUAAUUUGUUAUUUCAGGUUGCUGUUGAUAUAUCAGGAUUUUUGAUACUUUUGCUCUAUUCUACGCUCGCUUUUACAUUUUUAUUCAUUGUGUUGGAAAGAAAAAUGGAAGUUCCUGUUAUGCUGGAUUAUUUGAAAAUUUCAUAUAAUUUGGUAUAAUUAAAAUAUGGCGUCUUCGUCUGGGCAUGGCUCCCGGCCAUGCAUACUCGACUCAUAUUUUAAUUAUAUCCGGCAAGGUUUUGCAUUUCAGAAACGGACGGCAAUGCUAGGUAAGCAAUUCUGGUUGUGCUCAGAGCCUAGCCCAAGUCUACUUUCGGGAAUGAUUUUUCCCUCAUGGGAAAGGAGGCACGCAAGUUGGAAAGGGGAAGCUCAGCCAAGUCCGUUAGGACCAAUCGGGCAACUCCCUAGCGUGAAACUGGGCGUUACGUCCCAGGCUUCGUGUUUCUCCUUUUUGCCGAAAGCCUACCAGAAAAUCCAUUUUUUUUUAUGGAUUUUCGGAAUGGCAACCCAUGUCCUCAAGCGAAGUAGCUCAGGCAUGAGCCGCCUUAGUCGGCAACACUGCUCCGGAGGCGCGUACUGGAGAUCGAGGCUGACUGGCCCCAGACGGUCGGCGGGCCCUAUGCGGCGAAGAAGCAGCGGGAAGCUCUGGGAGGGGUUACUCCGUGAAUGGCGUUAAACACAGAACCUAAAAAGUUAAGUUGAGUUAAGUUUCAUAUAAUUUGGUGCUGGGAAACUUUGAAGGGGAAGAUUAUGCAUAUUUACAGCUAGUUUAUUUAAGUGCAGCAAGCUAAAAUAUAGUUUUCGAUAGGUAAAGAGUAAUGAUAAAGCUAUAAUACUAUUCAAUCUCUUUAAUUAAGCAUAUAAUAUUAUUGAGUGGAUGUGCUUGACAUGUGCUUUAAUCAUAAACCCUAUCAUUAUGCUCAAUUUAUUAAUUUCCAUUAUCGGAGAUACGUAUGAAAGAGUGCUCAGCGACAGUGUAGCUGCUGAUGCCAAAGAGCUGCUUGAUAUGAUUAUUGAAGUAGAAAGCAUGAUGUUCACCAGAAGAAAUGUUGUAUCCAAACAGUAUAUCCAAGUCUGCAAAGAGUAUGAAAAAGAGAGCGAUGAUGGAGGAUGGGAAGGAAAGCUAAGGGCUCUCCAAAAUACAAUUGAUAAAAUUAACACCUCGAAUCAGCAAAACAGUGAUUUAGCCAUGGCUAAGCUGAAAGAGCAAGAUAAGUUUUUAGCAGAGCAAACAAGUAGGCUCGAUCAGAUACUGCAGUACACGAAAAGGCAGUAA